AGAGAGAGAGAGAGAUGGGGAAUCAAAAGCAGAAGUGGACUUCAGAGGAAGAAGAAACCCUACGAGCGGGAGUGGCAAAGCACGGCACAGGAAAGUGGAAGAACAUCCUCACAGAUCCUGAGUUCGCUCCAUACCUCACAAUCCGUUCCAACAUUGACCUCAAGGACAAAUGGCGGAACAUGGGUUGUUUUAGCAAUGGUUCACAAGGCUCUGGAGACAAGCUUAGGAUUCCUAAGGUUAAAAGCAUUAAAGCUGGUCAGCUCUUCAGCGCUCAAAAUUCUGCUUCUGCUAUUUCAUUUCCUGAGGGUAACUACGUUGAUGAUCCUUCCAGAAGUCAAAAGGAUGGGAAAAAUGCUCCACAGUACAAUACACUGAUUUUUGAAGCACUUUCAACCAUCAAAGAUUCAAAUGGAACUGAUAUUGAUGCCAUUGUUGGCUUUAUUGAGCAAAGGCAUGAUGUGCCUCAAAAUUUCAGAAGGUUAUUGAGUUUGAGGCUGAGAAGGCUUGUUUUGCAAGGCAAACUUGAAAAGGUUCACAACUGCUACAAGAUCAAAGAUGCAGAGUUGGGAACAAAAACGCCUACACCAAAACAAAAUGAUGUCAGGCCAAGGCCAUCCCAAAAUUCUCGGGUAAUCAUCGCUAGUGAAACAGUGGAAGAUGCUGCAAUGACUGCUGCCUACAAGAUUGCUGAAGCGGAAAAUAAGUCCUUUGUAGCAGCUGAAGCUGUUAAAGAGGCAGAAAGGGUCUCAAGGAUGGCUGAAGACACUGAAGCAGUGCUGCAGAUAGUGAAAGAGAUCUAUGAACAAUGUUCACGAGGUGAAAGUAUUCUCUGGGCUUAACUCUAUUGUAAGCAUGACCAAAGUAUUCCUUGUAAUUAGUUUUCUCAGUGAUGUAUAUAAGUUCACAGAAAAGAGGGGAUAAGCUAAUGAGGAAUUGGAAUGACAUUGUAACAGUUGAAAUUUUGUGGAAAGAUUGAGCUUCGGAUUUCAA